AUUAUGCAUUUAUACUUGGAAUCAUCUACACCACAGACAAAUAAUAAUUAUACACUAUGUUUUUCCAAAUUAAAUCAAUACUUUCCUCCAUCCGAUCCAAUUGAUGAAGUACACAGAUUUCGACUGGGAUUUUUAAAUCUAUUCGUAUCUGAGCAGAAAGUUAAUGAUUAUUUGAGGGAGAGAUGGUUUCCAGCAAGAUUUGAUGUUUUUAAAAAAUUACAACAGUUGACAUUUGAUAUUAUUGAACAGUUGCCUGAAGUAUUAUUGGACAAAGUUGGGUCAAGUGAAUGGGUGUAUAACGAAGCAAUACUCCUAGAGUUGAACACACUUCUUGCUUUAUUGAUGCGUGAACAGUUGUUUGGCAAAUGCUUGUGUACACAAGAAGAUUUAUUUGAACUCGUUCAUGUUUAUACUUCUGAAUCAUGUCCGACUGAGUUACUUUGAAAAUGUUAGAUUUUUUUGGCAGUUGGUUGUGAAUUGAGUCUUGUAAAUAUCUCUAUAAAUUGUAACUAGAUAUUGGCUGUAUUGUUUCAACAUCACGUUUAUGUUGUUUUUUGUAUAGUUAAUUUUUAUUUCUGUGAUCAUUGUUACAAGUUAGAACAACACAUAUAAGCGAACA